UUGGUCAGCAAAUUUUGCGUCACAGCCUGUAACGCCACCCGGAUGUACCGGUUUGAAGUAUUUUGAGCCUGAGGGCAGGUUGGUCAACCGUCAAGCACACCGGGGUUGACAACGUGUGGCGGGCAACGACCCUAGAUAACGACCCCGGCCGUGAUAUAUAUUGUCAUAGCUAUAGACGUCGCCGUCAGCAGACGAUGCGACUCUACCCGCAGGUACACCGGUCUCAUCUAGUCUGGUUGUCGUCAUAUUAGUGCCGACGUCGUUAGUCAAGGGCUGACACUUGUGUUGAGCGAACAGCUAGAGAGAGGACGUGAGGCGUUUGCUCUCCUAUUUACACGAAAGUAGGAGAGCCAGGAUCAACUCUGUAGACAGCAUGCCCAAGAAAAGGAAUGUGUUAGCAGCCCUGGUUCUGCUAACAGCCGUUUACACAUGGCUACCGGACGCCGCCCGAGAGUCCGGCUGGUUUACUUGCUCCCUGUUCGCUCCAACACCCGAUGGAAUAACGUGGAGCAACAGCAACUGGCAGGAGAUUGCGGAGGGUUCCUUGUUCAUUCUAAGCGCCUACGAAGAUCGAAGAUUUCAGCCUCACUACGUCCGCAUUAUGGGCAUGGAAUCCAUCAACCUGUCGGCUGGUAAGUUGACGUGCGUGCUGUGGUACGUUGGUGGCAGACGCGACGUGGUCGCAGCAACACGACUCAGGAUGUGGGUCGGCAAGAACAAUAUAAACCAGGAUGGUCAUAUCAAACACGUUGGCUACGUCUACUCCUGUGCCGUGCCGGGAGAACGGGAAAGCUCACCUUCCCACGUUUCACUAACGUUUGAUGUUUGCGAACAAAUAACAAACGCCAUGAAGGUGAUGCCGUACAUCCCGACGGACAGGAUGCAAAAUCAUGAUCACCAACGUGACAGUAAUGACAACACAGCGCCAUCUAGUGGUAAAAUUGCGUUGUGCCUCAAACCGAUGAAUUUCCCAACAAAGGACAUAGCGCUGCGUCUGGCGGAAUGGAUUGAGAUACAGCGACUCCAGGGUGUAGAUGUUAUAUUCACCUACGUGUAUGACGUCACCGACACGGCUAUGAUGGUCCUGCAUCAAUACCAGCAGCGAAACAUUGUCGAUUUUGUGAUCGCCACGCUUCCUGGCCUUCUGCCAAACGACAGGAAAAAUCGAACGGCGUUCCUCCGCAGAACAGACAUGCAAAUGCAACUCAUCGAGAAGAUCAUGCUCAACGACUGCUUCUACCGCCACCUGGCGUACGAUUACGUCAUCAAUCUCGACCUUGACGAGGUAAUCGUACCGCGGCAGCAUCUCACGUGGAAGCAGAUGAUUCCAGAACUCAGUGACGUAAGCAAAAUCCAUGACCCACCAACAGAAGACGACGUAGCCUAUAUUAUGCAGCUAAUAAGUGAGGCAGAGAAGGAAAUUGCUGCUGCCCCACCGAAGCGCACUUUCGCUAAGAUCCCUGAUCGCACCGACUACUUUGACAAGGAUCGAGAGUCCAAUUCUACGGAUGCUACGUGUGGCCGGCCGGUUGACGAAGAAUCUCAGCUUGCUCCACCGUGCGCCUCGUAUUGCUUUCGUCAGAGUAUGUUCCUCGAUGAGUUCCACCAGCAGGACCACGACGACAUUCCCGAAUACCUUCACGUCAUGCAGCACACCAACCGUUCCAUGUACGUGCUAGAUAAUACUCAAAUAUUCUUGAAAUGUCUGUUUAGCAGCGACGCAGUUCUUGUGCUUGGAAAUCACAUUGCCUACCACGUGCAACCUGGCUACGAUGAUACUUGCCACGCGGACCAGAAAAUGGCGCUGAUUCACCAUUAUAGACAUAACUGUAAACUCUAUCAGGAAAAUAGGAAGAGAGAAUGCGACAAAACCCUGAACAACACCAUACAGGAAGACAGAACACUCUGGAAGUAUCUUGACCCUGUGCGCCAGGCAGUUCAUCAGAUGGCGUUAACGCUAAACAUGAAUACCGAAUGACGAAUUUAAAACAUUGACGCUAAGUCUGAUUAAACAAUGAAUCGAAAUA